UGAGGCGGGGCCCAGGGGGCGGGGCAAGUCGGUCCGGGGUGGGGCUACGCGUGGCCCCGCCCCGGCGCCCGGAAGUGACGCGGCCGGACAAAGGCAGCGCGCGCCGCCAGGUGUCGCGCCUGGGGCUGCUCGGGAGGACCGGCUGUGGGCUGGCGGGCUCCUCGCCGCCGCCGCGCUCCCUGGCUCUUCCCGGUCCUCAUUCUCCCGGUCCCGGGAGCGCCCGCCGGGGCGCCCUGCUGAGGCUGGUGCUGCGGAGCCGGCUGCCGGCGGCAUGACGAGCGAGGUGAUAGAGGACGAGCAGCAGUUCUACUCGAAGGCCAAGACGUACUGGAAGGAGGUCCCGGCCACGGUGGACGGCAUGCUCGGGGGGUACGGCCACAUCUCCGGCAUCGACAUCAGCAGCUCCCGGAAGUUCCUGCAGAGGUUUCUGAGGGACGGCCCCAACAAGACGGGCACCUCCUGCGCCCUGGACUGCGGCGCCGGCAUCGGGAGGAUCACCAAGCGGCUGCUCUUGCCCCUCUUUGGCGUGGUGGACAUGGUGGACGUGACCGAGGACUUUCUGGUCAAAGCCAGGACCUACCUGGGCGAGGAGGGCAAAAGGGUGAGGAACUACUUCUGCUGCGGCCUCCAGGACUUCAGCCCCGAGCCCAGCGCCUACGAUGUCAUCUGGGUCCAAUGGGUGAUAGGCCACCUGACCGAUCAGCACCUGGCCGAGUUCCUGCGGCGCUGCAAGCUGGGCCUGCGCCCCAACGGCAUCAUCGUCAUCAAGGACAACAUGGCCCAGGAGGGCGUGAUCCUGGACGAUGUGGACAGUAGCGUGUGCCGGGACCUCGAGGUCGUCCACAGGAUCAUCCACAGCGCCGGCCUCAGCCUCCUAGCCCAGGAGCGGCAGGAGAAUCUCCGCGAAGAGAUCUAUCACGUCUACAGCUUGGCGCUGAGAUGAGGGCACCGGGAGCCCCAGGGACCUGUGUGGGGUCGGCAGCGAGAGCUGGGCGCCACCCCCAGGCCGCUCUGCCACCCACACACUGCUGCAGACUCCUCGGGAGGCAGGAGGGGGCUGGCCCCUGCUCCUGGGGGACGCAGAGUGGCGAGUCCCGCGGCAGCAGGGCCUGGCCUUCAGCCACAGGCCCUGCCGCCGCAAGAGGAAAAGGACCCCAGCUCGCUGGGUGACAGUCCCCGCAGGGAGGAGCUGGGCAGUGAGCGGGGCUGGCGCGGCCUCCGAGCAGCUGUCGGGGAGCGUGUCCGAGCUGCGUCUUGUGACGGGGCCCUGGUGCCUCAGCACGGGGGAGACCAUAGCCUCGCUGCUGACUGUGCCUUCUGGUUCCUCACUGGGGGGCAUUUUUGGUCAAAAAUAAAAGGGGUGAGUGCUGUACUGCAAAGGCCUUGCCAGUCCCGAAUGGUGCCUUCUUCACCA